GUACAUUUUCCUUAAUCCACUACUGCUCCUAUCUAAUUCCUCGUCUCUUUCAUCCAGUUUUUUCCACCUGUGAGCUGAGACAAUUGUGCGAAGCUUGAGGAUUUACGCCAACAGAAGAACGAAACUCUGCCGGAAUCAUGGCGAAAUCGAGCGCCGACGAUGAGGAGCUCCGGAGAGCAUGCGAAGCUGCCAUCGAAGGCACCAAGCAGAAGGUCGUAAUGUCGAUCCGAGUCGCCAAAAGCCGCGGGAUCUGGGGCAAAUCUGCCAAAUUAGGCCGCGGUCAGAUGGCUAAACCUAGGGUUCUCGCCAUCUCCACCAAGGCAAAAGGCCAGCGGACUAAAGCAUUUUUACGUGUCCUAAAGUAUUCCACUGGAGGAGUUCUCGAGCCUGCAAAAUUGUACAAGCUGAAGCAUCUUUCAAAGGUUGAGGUUGUAACAAAUGACCCCAGUGGAUGCACAUUUAUGCUGGGCUUUGAUAACCUUAGGAGUCAGAGUGUUUCUCCACCUCAGUGGACCAUGCGCAAUGUUGAUGAUAGGAAUCGCCUACUGAUGUGCAUUUUAAACAUCUGCAAAGAUGUAUUAGGUCGUCUUCCCAAAGUUGUUGGCAUAGAUGUUGUGGAGAUGGCUCUUUGGGCUAAGGAAAAUACUCCCACUAUUCCUAAACAACUAGGGAAUCAACAAGAUGGGCCGGUUGAAGUUGCAGGGGCUGAAGGUGACAUGAAAGUGACAGUUGAAAAAGAACUUGUUUCACAAGCAGAGGAAGAGGAUAUGGAGGCCCUUUUAGGCACCUAUGUCAUGGGUAUUGGUGAAGCUGAAGCAUUUUCUGAGCGAUUAAAGCGAGAACUUCAAGCUUUGGAAGCAGCAAAUGUGCAUGCUAUUUUGGAAAAUGUGCCUUUAAUGGACGAGGUAUUGCAGGGACUGGAGUCUGCCACUAAUUGUGUUGAGGACAUGGAUGAAUGGUUGGGCAUUUUCAAUGUAAAGCUCAGACACAUGAGAGAGGAUAUUGAAUCGAUAGAGACUCGCAAUAACAAGCUUGAAAUGCAUUCUGUGAACAACAAAUCAUUGGUUGAGGAACUUGAUAAGCUUCUUGAAAGAUUGUGCAUCCCUUCUGAGUAUGCAGCAUGUCUAACAGGUGGUUCCUUUGAUGAGGCAAGGAUGCUUCAAAAUAUUGAAGCAUGUGAAUGGUUAACUAAUGCUUUGCGCAGCCUUGAAGUUCCUAGCUUGGAUCCUUGCUAUGCAGAUAUGCGUGCUGUAAGAGAAAAGCGCGCGGAACUGGACAAGUUGAAGAGUACUUUUGUUCGGAGAGCAUCUGAGUUCUUGAGAAACUAUUUUGCUAGCUUGGUGGAUUUCAUGAUAAGUGACAAGAGUUAUUUCUCUCAGCGUGGACAAUUGAAGAGGCCGGAUCAUGCAGAUCUGCGGUAUAAGUGCAGGACAUAUGCUCGCCUUCUGCAACACUUGAAGAGUCUCGAUAAAAAUUGCCUUGGUCCAUUGCGGAAAGCUUACUGUAGCUCCCUUAAUUUACUAUUGCGCCGUGAGGCUCGUGAAUUUGCCAAUGAGCUUCGUGCGAGUACCAAAGCAUCGCGAAAUCCUACUGUAUGGCUUGAAGGUUCAACGGGUUCCAGUCAAAAUGUGAACAAUGCAGACACCUCUACGGUUUCAGAAGCUUAUGCGAAAAUGCUCACUAUAUUUAUCCCACUUCUUGUGGAUGAGAGUUCAUUCUUUGCACACUUUAUGUGCUUUGAAGUUCCAGCACUUGUUCCACCAGGAGGCCUUGCCAAUGGAAAAGGUGGGCCCAAUGACAAUGAUGAUGGAAAUGAUGAUGACUUGGGCAUCUUGGACAUUGAUGACAAUGACAGCAAAUCUGGUAAAAGUACUGCAGAGCUGGAGGCACUAAAUGAAUCACUUCGUGAUUUGCUUGACGGAAUACAGGAAGACUUCUAUGCUGUGGUGGAUUGGGCAUACAAGAUUGAUCCCUUGCGCUGCAUAUCAAUGCAUGGAAUAACAGAACGUUAUAUUUCUGGUCAAAAAGCUGAUGCAGCAGGCUUUGUACGCCUAUUGCUUGAUGAUUUGGAAUCUAGAAUUUCUAUGCAGUUUGGCCGGUUUGUGGAGGAGGCUUGUCACCAGAUUGAAAGAAAUGAGCGAAAUGUUAGGCAGGUUGGAGUUUUGUCAUAUAUACCAAGAUUUGCUACUCUUGCAACUCGCAUGGAACAGUACAUCCAGGGACAAUCCAGGGAUUUGGUUGAUCAGGCGUACACAAAAUUUGUUACAAUAAUGUUUGUGACUUUGGACAAGAUCGGGCAGGCUGACCCAAAGUAUGCAGAUAUUUUGCUUCUAGAAAACUAUGCCGCAUUUCAAAAUAGUCUGUAUGACCUUGCAAAUGUUGUGCCCACUUUAGCCAAAUUCUAUCACCAAGCAAGUGAAGCUUAUGAACAAGCCUGCACACGCUUUAUUAGUACAAUUAUAUAUUAUCAAUUUGAACGUCUGUUCCAGUUUGCUCGAAGAAUUGAGGACUUAAUGUACACAAUCACACCAGAAGAGAUCCCAUUCCAGCUUGGAUUGUCGAAGAUGGAUCUCAGAAAGGUGGUAAAAUCCAGCUUAUCUGGGGUUGACAAGGCCAUUGCUACAAUGUAUAAGAAGUUGCAAAAGAACCUGACCUCGGAGGAGUUGUUGCCUUCAUUAUGGGAUAAAUGCAAGAAGGAGUUCCUGGACAAGUAUGACAGUUUUGCCCAACUUGUAGCUAAGAUCUACCCUUCUGAGAACAUCCCAUCGGUGAAAGAAAUGAGUGAACUUUUGGCAUCCAUGUAAAGCAGAUGCUCUUUGUAAAAUUUAGCUGUUUUUUUUUUAUUUUUUAUUGUAGUGUAAAGUCGUGUUUACCAUAGUCAGUUAUUCCCUAAAUUUAUUCCGUGAAUAUAGAAAUAUUAGUUGCGGCAACACAGUGUGAAGUUUGAACAGAGCAAGCAGCGUGUAUGAUUCGUUGAAGCAUAAUUUUUGGUUUGUUAGGUUAUUUUUUGACAUCAUCCUUGUGUCCUACCUUGGAUUGUAAAGGGAAAUUGUAGCGUAAUAAGCUGUAUCUUUUCUUUAUCCUACUCGGUUAUGUUCAUGGACUUCAUGUUACUGUAUCAUUUAUGUGAGUUAAUUUUAAGUGCA